AUGAAAGCAAACACCGGCCUGCUAUAUGGCAAGAACCUUUUACCAAUGAUCUAUAACUGCAAAAUCGGAACUUUUCAACACAACCAAGUCCAAGUACGACUUCCCAGAUUGAAGGGAGACACAAGAGCGUUAUACCCUCAAGUCGUAGCUACUGUCGAUGUUGCGAGAGUUGUCGAACCUUUCGUUUCCAUUAUCCAUCACACUUGCAACGGUAACGCAUACGUAACGUUCAACGGCAACGAGCUGCAAUUGCGGGCGGCUCGAGAUAUCGCGGCUUGGGAGGAAAUAACCCGGAGCUGGAUAGCUGGAUGGACUGCUGGACCUCGCCAGCCCAUGAUUAACCGUCUGCUUGGUCGCAACUGUAGCUGCAGUCUCUGUAGCAGCACCCAAACGCUGCCCCAAAGAUUAGCGGGCCGAGCUAGCAGUCUUGAGGAAGUUGGUCCCGACAAGCUUCCUGGUAAGCUAAGCGAGGUACAACGCACCAUAUCAGAUAUCGAGAAGGAUGGAUUCGGACACAGCCUGUCAGUGCGAUUCUUGCACAAAUUGGCAAUGAUCGCCUUCCUCAUGAAUGGGAACGAAGCAGAAGCAUUCAAGCAUUGUAUUAAGAUUUACUAUGUCGUUGAACCCAAGAUUCCGCCACCAGAGUAUAUUUCUCCUCAAGAUCGCCUAAGUACUCUCUAUCGACUCUGCUGCUUCGCUGCUCCCAUGGAGAUCGACGAUCCUGAGGUGGGUACCGUCGAAGUUCCCCCAAAGAUGAUGGCUUUGAUGACAGGUUCGUGGGCCCAUCUGAGAUAUAAGCUUGUGAAAGAGAUAGAGAAGUGCUUUGGCGCUGAUUCUGCUGUUGCUAUGGUCGAGAAGUCGGACUUUGAGGAUAAGACGGCGCUUAUUGACGACACUAAUAGAAUACAUGGAGAGGGUGGUUUCCGGUAUGUACCUCUGGCUGAAAGCCAAAUGGCGAGGGAGAAAUUUGUCGAGCAGAUGAACGAACUCUUGGUUUGGGCUGGGGUGGGAAAGUUGAGUGCCGAUGAGCUGCUUGCUGGGAGCUGA